CUAGUGAGAACUAUCCAGCAAGUAGUUUCGGUUCCGCGAGGAAGAGCUUCUGCAGCUUUCAGGCAGCACCAAGAGCUGACCGGGCCAAACCCCUGCCAGCUGGCCUCGUCACUGGGUCUACGGCUGGAGUAGCGCUUGCUCUGGGUAGGCAGCUCGAGGAAGAUUCUCUCCCAGCACCUAGGACCAGAUCUCGGGCAGGACUCUGCUCGCCGCAUAGACCGAGGUUCUCGGUACUGCCGCGGAGCUUCCGGACCUGAUGCGGGCGCCCGAUCGUGGACUGUCCCAUCCUGCUCCUGUUCUGCUCCGGGUGCUCCCGCGCCCAGGACUGGUAUCCGGGAACUGUGACUUGCAGGGUCUGCCAUGGAGCCAGAGCAGAUGCUGGAAGGACAGACGCAGGUUGCAGAAAAUCCCCACUCUGAGUAUGGUCUCACAGACAACGUCGAGGUUGCUUUGCAUCAGGGAAAACUUUAUCGUCAUGAACCAAAUAGUAUCAAAUUACGGGCAGCUUGUUUUAUUUGCUGUACUGAUACUUCGUGGUACAAACUAGCUUCGACUCAAGAGGUUGAACUUCGAAAAUGAUAAAGAGAAACAAACAUACAUUACUAAUGGAGACUGUCAGAAUAGUUUUGCUUGGUGGUUAUUAAUGCGCUGUUGGAAUAUUGCAUUGGAAAAACUGCACAUCAAAGUUAAGAAACCCAUUGUUUUUGUGGCAGAAUAGUGCGUUGGUGGAGUCAACAUUUAGUAAAUGUUGAUUUUCAAAGUUCAGUAGCAGAUGCCUUUGGAAGCUAUAACAUACGUAGGAGACACUGUUUUUGCCGUACAUGGUGAAGUCUGAAUUCACAAGAGUACAUGUGAAAAACGUACAAAAGAAGUUACACUUUUAUAGAGCUUUUUCGUAUAGGUGCAAAGAGGUUGUUGUCUAAAAGUAGAAGUUACUUUGUAAGAGAAUGGAUAAAUGCUGGAACAGUUGUAUUAGCUAUAGCUAGGUGGGAUUGGUUGGGAAAGUAGAGAGUUCCUGAAGAUGUGUGUGUUUCAUUUAGAAAAAAAAAA